CAAACCCUAAGACACCAGAUCAUAUAUUACUUUUCUUGAUGAUGAACUUGGAGAAAGGAGCCGAAACGAAACAGAUCCUGAUUCGUGAUCAUGACGUAAAAACAGAGUUAGAAGUGUACAUCUUUGAAGCAUUCGCAAUGGAUGAAAGAGAUGUUUUGAAACCAUACUAUGGCCCUAACUACUAUUUCAUCAAGGCAUGGAUAGACGAGACCAAACAAUACGGGACAAAAGUGGUGAAGGAUUCCUUUGUGGUUAACCAAAGAAUGGUGAUUCCUUUAGAUUUUCCCGCACCGUAUCUUUACAUAGAAUUGCUUAGAGGAUUCUCCUUUAGAGAUCCUGGAACAUCCAACGGAACUGUUGUGAUGGGUCGUGCGAAGAUUCAGUUGCCUCCUUGGAGUAGCCAUGGCCGGGGCGUGCGAACAUCCAUCGAUCUCGUCGGUUUUAACAGUAAUCGAUGUGUCGAGAAAAAGGGAUAUGUGAGAUAUUCAAUGACACUUCAUAAGAAAGUUGUCAAUCAUCGACUUGUUCUUUAGGAGAAUUAGGGUUUUGUUUAAGAAAAAAAAAAAAAAAAUUUGGGUCUUAU